CUGUGAUCCUCAUGGGGUAUCUGCUCUUUUGGGGACAAGUGUCAUCCAUGGGUGGGGGGAUCUGUCAUCUGGGGGGGGGUAUCUGCGACCCCACUAGGGGGCAUCUUCCCCCCUCCUCAGGGCAUCUGUGAUCCCCGGGCCACCCCAUCAUGUGUGACCUUGGAAGUAUCUGCCACUUCCAGGGUAUCUUCCCUCCCUUCUCUCGCCAACCCCCCCCCAACAUGUCUCACACUGGAGGGUUUUUGUCCCUCCCCAGCCACAGGUGACUGCUCUCCUGCUCUCCCCCAGGGUAUCUGCUCCCCCCUCCAUGGGGCAUCUGUGAUCCCCUGGAGUACCUGUAAUUGAAUGAGGGGUACUUCUCUCUACCCUGUGGCCAUCUGUGACCCCACAGGAGCACCUGUCCCCACCAGCAACAUCUCUUACCCACUGUGGUGUUCCCACCCUGCUCACUCACAGGGACCCUGUGGUGUUGGGGGCCAGGUCCUGCCCCUUGCACUGGUGGCAGGGAAUCGGGCCACCUUCCGCAGGAGGGAAGGAAAAACAGCCACAGAUGGAUUUUGGCUGGUGCUGGCCCCAGCCAGGCACCAGGAGGAUGAAUCCCAGCUGCAUGCGGGGCUGGUGGCGGGGCAUGAUAGGCACGAGUGUCAAUCCAGGACACAGCUGGGUGCCAGGGAGGGGUGCACUGUCUCCUCCCUGCCCUCAGUGCUGCCCAAUCCGCCGCAUUGCCACAUCCCGUGAUCAGUGGCCAAGGGUUGUGCUGCGCCACAACCUUUGAGAUGAGCUGUGCUCAUCCCACGGCACCUGGAGCCCAGCUGCCCCCCAGAGCAAUGGCAGCAGUGUUGGCUCUGCUGGGGCUGGUGGCCGGGCCAGCUGCUGCUGCUGCAGCAGUGACGGUGACGCAGGACUCGCUGCUCAACGUCUGCAUGGACGCCAAGCACCAUAAAACAGAGCCUGGCCCUGAGGGGCAGCUCUACGGGCAGUGUGUCCUCUGGAAGGACAACGCCUGCUGCACUGCCAACACCAGUUUGGAAGCCCACCAGGACCAGUCCUACCUGUACAACUUCAACUGGGAUCACUGUGGGGCCAUGCCAGAGAAGUGCAAGCGCCACUUCAUCCAGGACACAUGUCUCUAUGAGUGCUCCCCUAACCUGGGGCCAUGGAUCGAUCAGGCAGACACCAGCUGGCGGAAGGAGCGGAUCCGGGAUGUGCCACUGUGCCAGGAGGACUGUGAGCAGUGGUGGGAGGAUUGCCAGGAUGCUGUCACCUGCAAGGUCAACUGGCACAAGGGCUGGAAUUGGACUACAGGCACCAACCAGUGUCCCAAGGGUGCCAUGUGCCAGAAGUUCAAGUUUGUGUUCCCCACGGCGGCUGCACUCUGUGAGCAGAUUUGGUCUGGCUCCUACCGCUACACGUCCCAUCACCGUGGCAGCGGUCGCUGCAUCCAGAUGUGGUUCGAUCCAACGCAGGGGAACCCCAAUGUUGCCGUCGCCCAAUACUACGCCCGUGAAAAUGCUCCCCCAAACUCCUUGCCCUCCAUCCUGCUGUCCCUGCUGCCCCUCACCCUCCUGGCCCCAUUCUGAGCAGGAGGGGCUGCAGGUAGGAGCAGGUAGUAGAUGGUCAGGGGGGUCAGCAGGGCUGCCUUGUGCCUCCCCGUGGGAUGUCCACAGGAUGUGUCACCUCCAGGCACGUGGCUCAUUAAUAAAUGUUCCUGCUCUACUUGAUGUUGGGGUGCUGUGGGCUGGGGGGUCAAUAGGGUGACUGAGGGGCCUGGGGGUGUUUGAUUGUCUAAUCCUGCUUCUGGUGAGGAGAUGAAGCAGACGUCACUCCCAUUCAUUUGUACCGACCAGCUUGGGUACCCGGCACUGGCUCCCCCAAACCACUGUGCUGGGCAAAGCGGAAGGCACAGGGCUGCCUGCCACUGAGGCCCAGGGGCAUGGGAUCGCUGAAUGUGUCCUAGCACCUGACACGGCUCCAGGACUCUGGGCAUCACUGACAUCCUGGGGUGCACAGGAUGAGACUGGGAAAAUUAUGGGGGUAAAGGGGAGGAUAUCCCGGGGACCCUGAGGUGGGAGCACGUCUGUCAAGGGAGUCCUGCUGGCCCGGAGCCGACCCCAGGGGUCCCCUUCCCCACAUGCUUCGUGUUCCCACCUGUGGGGUGGCACCGUCCCGAUCUCUGGGCCAUAGAGAAGUCCCCGUUUUUGGUGGCGAAGCCGGGUCGCGCCCCCCACUUCUUCAGCCCCUGGCCCCAGCUCUGUCCCACCUCGGCACCCCUUUCCCCAGUGCCCGGCUUCCCUGUACCUUCACAGUGCCGGUGCCUUCAUACCACCGUGCCCCCGCCCUUCCCUUCGGUAUGCUCCUGGGUACCCCCAGACUGGGGGCACCCGGUGCUCCCCUGGUGUCCCUGUCUCUCCAAGUGCUUCUCCCCUCCCUGGUGCUCCUCUCCUCGGUGCUCCCCAUCCUCCCCGUGCUCCCCACUGCUGCUGCCCACUACCCGGUGCUCUCCGCCCCCUUGGUGCCGCUGCCCCUCGAUCAGACCCCCCCCAUGGCCUUCCUGAACGUCCACGGCCCCGGAUCUGCCCCGGUGCCUCUCACGGUGCGCCCCCCGGGCCGCCACCAAUGCUCCCUCGUUACCUCGCUGGUGCUCUCCCAAGCCUCCCCCUGCUGCUCCCCCAGGAUACCCCGCGGGUCCCCCCCGGUGCCACCCUCGA